GUUUCCCUCCCAACCAGUAAGCGGCAGCAACGCAUUCAAAAGGUUUGGUUUGGGAACGGCGAGAGAGUGAGGACUGAGUGCGAGAAAGAAGUGGGGACUCGGGAGACCGGUAGCGGCGAUGGAUCUGAAACAAGCGGGAUCCUCCCUCGACGCCCUCGUCUCCUCCUUCCACACCCGCAUCGUCGAACUGCAGGAGCUCGUCAUCGCUCGCAACAUGUAUCCCUCCACCAGCAUGCCCGAUCUGUCGGCGGUCGACGCGACCCUGAAGACGAUGGAGUCGCAGAUCCAGGCGAUCAAGGACCGACUCCAAGAGGAGAGAAACGCUAUCCCUAAGGCCAAGAAACUCAUCGAUCUGUCCCAGCGGCAGCAAAGAAAGCUGCAGCACAUGCUCGCCCAUAUGCCGCCUUCGAUGCUUAAGAACCAAAGCCGAUCGGUUCAAAACCCCUCUUCGAGCUUGGUGCCUGAUGAUUCGGGUCCCGAUAUAUUGCACGAGCCUUGUCAUCUCAAGGAGGAGCCUGUUGCUAUGCUCAAGGGGAAGAAGGGUCCAUCUCCUGCACCGCGGUGGUAUAUUUCUGCCGAGGAACUGGAUUCACUGUCUUCUUAUAUGAGGGGAAGGCUUACUUUGGACAAGGUCAAUAUUGCUAUCAAUGAGAUAGCUAUGUAUGCAGAAGCAAAUUCUCAUCUCGUCUCAUGCCCAAAGAAGAAGCUAGCUGAAGACACCUGGGAAAAAGCUCUUGAACUAAGAGACAUAGCAACAACUGAAGCAGUGAAAGGCAAGCACUUUUUCCUGGAAACAGACAUAAAAGGACCAGGACUGAAACUUGACAAUACGGGAAAAGCAAUUUUGACAGUCCUUCGCCAUCUCGGCCGUAUUCUUGAAGCUCGCAUCGGUCAUCACCGUGUGUUUAUCCUCUCAAAACCUCAUUGAUGCCUUUAUCAUUCAUGGAUAAACUUCCACAACUGCCUUCUUUAUGUCCUUCACAAAGUUGCUGGCAUUCAGAAUUCACGUGGGUCGUCAGUGCAUGUCAAUUCCUCACUAUACCUCAGUGAUGGUUUCCUAUCUCAACUUGCAUUCAGAAAAAUUGAGUGAUCAAGCCAUUGAUCUCAUUGUUUUUCUAGUAGCUGAUUUCCCAGCAUGUUUAAGAUUGGCUAUGAUUUGCCUAAACAUGUGAAUGGAGUGUCUAAUCUAUUUUCUAGAAUGAAUGGUCUUGAGAAUAUGGCUCCUAAUACAGCAAGGUAACUUCUUUUUUUUUUUUUUCUCAAUGACAGUUAUUCUGGUCUUACCAACCAUCAUGUUUACUCCAGACAUUACCUCAAGUAAAUCUUGUUUUUUAUAUUUCAUUUAUUCUUAUGCUAUGUAAGUAAAGAUUUUCAGUUUCUGUAUUGGCCUUUUGAGUUGGUGCAGGAUCUAAUGCAUCAUGUCCGAUUUCUGUUGGUUAUAGAGGUUGUCACUAAAAUUUCAAUCAGUUAAACAAUGCAUCUCAGAAGUCAUCCUUGCUCUAAAUUUUGAGUUGUUGCUGGUAUUCAGUAUAAUAUUAUGAAGAUUCUUGCAUCUGCCCUAAUUACCUAUUAUUCUCAAUGUGUAUCUGCCGGACAUUUAUUCUAUGAUUCGCAUGCUUUUGACAUUCCGUCAUAGCCGUCUCUUGUUAGUAUGGGCUGUCAGCCCAUGGUCCUUUGAGUUGGUGUGUCAGUGGACUCGGAAACAUGGUCACAGACACGCUGUAGCCGUUCUCGGAUCCGGAUCCACAAUAUUUUAUUGGAUUCACGUUCGCAGGUGGAGACGACCCGAUAUGGCCCUUGCUACCGCAGUCCCCGAGGAUCCAGUUGAUUUUGGAUUCGACUAUAAGGUCGAAGCGAUGACCUCCGGUCGCAUGCCUCUGCGAGCGGAACAACGUCCCACGGCAGACGAAGCAGACGGACGAUGCGGUUUGGCCCGUUGCGCCGCCCCCGCCAUCCUCUCGGGCUCUGGUAUGGGCCUCUCCGUCGGCAAGCACAUCGUCUCCGGCAAGCCCGUAAGCUCUUCUCCCACUCAAGUUUCUGAUCCAUGUCGUUUUUGGUCCAUCUUGUAAGCUGCCCGUUUACAACGAUCGGGUUCGGCCGAGAACUGGACCUAUCGCCUCGCCCCUACCAUUAUCGGGAAGCACGAGGCGUUAGCGUGGCUAUGCGAAGGGCUGGGCUUCUUCGCGUCGCUCGGUUUGCACGCCGUCUUGAACGACAAAGCCUCCAAGAUACCUUUCGAAAAGGACCAUGUAUCCAAUCUUAAAUGGUCAGUAUCUGUCUCGUUAUAGUGGUAGUUGUCUACAAAUCCUACAUCUUAUUGGUUGGCAGACUGAAGAUGUACCUCCAGCUGGCAUGCAGGGUGUUAAAUUUUCCAAGAGGGCAAGCUUUCUGAAGCGUGGGGAAAAAGAUUAACACAUGGGCCUGCUUCUCUGUUGUAAUUAAUGAAUUGCGAGGUCUCAAAUUUGCUAUGAGCUCAUGUUCUCUGAAGGAUGUGGAUAUAAAGAUGAACACACGGCCUGCUUCUCUGUUGUAAAUAAUGGAUAGCAAGUUUAGGUUGGAUUAGUAGCAUAUUUAGUGCUUCUUGAGACUGGUUCAUGCUUCAUAUAAUUCUAUUAUUGUUCAUCAGCAUGCCUGAGUGGCUGAGCAUUUCAUAGACCUGUUAUCUGUGCUAGAAUUUGAUUGGGACAUAUCAGCUCUUCUUGAUGUUAGAAACCUUCACUUCUCAAUCAGUGCAGCAUUAUAGCAUUGUCUUUUCAAUUCUGUCUCUGCAUCUUCAGUGUCACUGGUACUGAUUCUGGGGUCAGGAAUUGUUUGGUGAAAUCUACCUUUCACUUCUGUGAGCUGGCCCUACCUGUCCUAGAUCCAUUAUGUGCAAGAAGCUACAAUGACUAUUUUAACCAGAAUUCAGUUUUGACCACAAUAAUGGAUCACUUCAUUCUUGUGAGCAGUUUAGUAGCUUGACAGAGAGAAACUCUACCUAGUCAUAAACAAAUGGAAAGUGCAUGGUGAAUUUGAACUCCAAGUUCAUGUUGUCAACUGUGGAAACAAAAAACAACUGUAGACAUUGUCUUCAAGUCUAUAAUCCUUCGUCAUUGAAGUUUUGUGCCCCACAUACAUGACAUUUUCUUUGCAACUUAUUCUAGACUCACAUUUCUCAAAUUGCUAGCUGUAAAUUGAGUUAUAUUGUGUACUUGGAAGAAAUAUAUUUUCAAAAUUCUUGUGUGUGCAUUUCACUUAAAUCUACUGGAUUAGUCCAAGAUUUGUAUUACAACUGGGAAGCAUUUGGUGAAUGAAUGUUGGUUCCUGAGAGCAUUAUUUUCUUUUACUUCACUGAUUUCUUGGUUUAGUGAAAAGCAAGUCAUGCAUUGUGAACUUACAGGCUGUUGUUUCAGCCUUGAGAAUCAAACUAAUUUAUAAAUGUGGAGCUUCUUAACUGGGUUGGACAUCCUAAGUGGAUUCUCUAAUUUUCAUUUAUUUCUUGAAUUC